AUGCAGCAAGCCUUCUACUGGGUGCCAGCACAUGCAGCAAUGGUAUACAACUUUUGGCACAACAUAAGUGCAGCCAGGCUUAGAGGCAUGGUCUCUACGGCCAAGGGUAAUAACCAAAUACCGGAUUGGAUCAGUUUGGAUAUCUGGUACGCAAUGUGGGUGUAUUGGAACACUGAGAGAACGCAGACUAGGAGUCGAAUAACUGCUGAAAACCGAAUGUCUAACCGUGAUGGAUUAGGCCUUCAUGCUCACACAUCAGGCGCUAGUUCUUUUAACCAAAGACAAAGGGAAGGUGCUGAGCCUUCCAUGUUGCGAGUUCUAAGAGAUACUCAUAGGAGACCAGAUGGUCAUGUGUUUGGUGUUGGUGGACAGCCGCCUAUACGCGAGCGAGCUGAGAGUUCGACUAUGGCAGCCACAUGUUUCAUCCUCGAGCACCAAGUGCGGGUAUUGGAGGAGCAGUUCUCUCUUGGGGUACAGCAGAUGAAUCGCUACUUUCCAUGUGAUGGUACUGAACCAUACAUUCCCACAGCUCCGCGCACUCAGGAAACUAUGGAUUCCGCGACUAGUCCUGCUUGCGUUGAAGAUAUUCGCAACGAGCCAACUUUCGAAGCAGCUGAAGAUGUAGAGGAUGGAGAAGAAGGAAGGACGAUGAAGCCUUCGUAG